CUAUAAAUACCAGGCACCUUCCCUUGCCUCUUCCUCAAACAAACGUCAUCCUCCUUCAGUCUUUGAGGAAUUUCACAGGGGCACACAGUCCACAGCUGAGCCAUGAAGAUCCUCUACCUGAUCUUUGCUGUUCUCCUCUUCCUCUUCCAGGCUGCUCCAGGCUCUGCAGAUCCGCUUUACCCUGACACCGUACAGUGCAGGAGUCAGGGGAAUUUCUGCCGCCUUGGGGCAUGCCCCCCCACCUUCACCAUCUCUGGGUCAUGCCAAGGGGGGCUGUUAAACUGCUGUGCCAAGUAA